AUGCACAACAAGUGGCUCCAGUUCAUUCCGCGGGGUUUGCAAGAUUUGAGCGCCCGAACUCUGCCUGGUACGCCCAUUAUAGACUAUUUUCCACAUGCACAACAAGUGGCUCCAUUUCAUUCCGCGUGGUUUGCAAGAUUUGACCCCGCCCCGUUCUCCCGCUUUCCAUCACCCCGCCCCAUUCUCCCGUUUUCCAUCACCCCGCCCCAUUCUCCCUCUUUCCAUCACCCCGCCCCAUUCUCCCGCUUUUCAUCACCCCGCCUCAUUUUCCCGCAUUCCAUCACCCCGCCCCAUUCUCCUGCUUUCCAUCACCCCGCCCCAUUCUCCCUCUUUUCAUUACCCAACCCCAUUCUCCCUCUUUCCAUAACCGCGCCCCAUUCUCCCUUUUUCCAUCACCCCGCCCCGUUCUCCCGCUUUCCAUCACCCCGCCCCGUUCUCCCGCUUUCCAUCGCACAGCCCCGUUCUCUCGCAUUCCAUCGCCCCGCCCCGUUCUCCCGCUAUCCAUCACCCCGCCCCGUUCUCCCUCUUUCCAUCACCCCGCCCCGUUCUCCCGCUUUCCAUCACCCCGCCCCGUUCUCCCGCUUUCCAUCGCACAGCCCCGUUCUCUCGCAUUCCAUCGCCCCGCCCCGUUCUCCCGCUAUCCAUCACCCCGCCCCGUUCUCCCUCUUUCCAUCACCCCGCCCCGUUCUCCCGCUUUCCAUCACCCCGCCCCGUUCUCCCGCUUUCCAUCGCAUAGCCCCGUUCUCUCGCAUUCCAUCACCCUGCCCCGUUCUCCCGCAUUCCAUCACCCCGCCCCAUUCUCCAGCUUUCCAUCACCCCGCCCGUUCUCCCCCUUUCCAUCACCCCGCCCGUUCUCCCUCUUUCCAUCACCCCGCCCUAUUCUCCCUCUUUCCAUCACCCCGCCCCAUUCUCCCGCUUUCCAUCACCCCGCCCCGUUCUCCCUCUUUCCAUCACCCCGCCCCAUUCUCCCUCUUUCCAUCACCCCGCCCCAUUCUCCCGCAUUCCAUCACCCCGCCCCAUUCUCCCGCUUUCCAUCACCCCGCCCCGCUUUCCCGCUUUCCAUCGCCCCGCCCCGUUUUCCCGCUUUCCAUCGCCCCGCCACGUUCUCCCGCUUUCCAUCCCCCCGCCCUGUUCUCCCACUUUCCAUCUCCUUGCCCCAUUCUCCCUCUUUUAAUCACCCAGCCCUUUUCUCCCUCUUUCCAUUACCUUGCCCCAUUCUCCCUCUUUCCCUCACCCCGCCCCAUUCUCCCUUUCCAUCACCCCGCCCCAUUCUCUUGCUUUCCAUCAUCCCGCCCCAUUCUCCCGCUUUCCAUCACCCCGCCCCAUUCUCCCUCUUUCCAUCACCCCGCCCCAUUCUCCCUCUUUCCAUCACCCCGCACCAUACUCCUUCUUUCGAUCACCCCGCCCUAUUCUCCCGCUUUCCAUUUCCCCGCCCCAUUCUCCCUCUUUCCAUCACCCCGCCCCAUUCUCCCGCAUUCCAUCACCCCGCCCCAUUCUCCCUCUUUCCAUCACCCCGCCCCAUUCUCCCUCUUUCCAUCACCCCGCACCAUACUCCUUCUUUCGAUCACCCGGCCCUAUUCUCCCGCUUUCCAUCUCCCCGCCCCAUUCUCCCUCUUUCCAUCACCCCGCCCCAUUCUCCCUCUUUCCAUCACCCCGCCCCAUUCUCCCGCUUUCCAUCUCCCCGCCCCAUUCUCCCUCUUUCCAUCACCCCGCCCCAUUCUCUCGCUUUCCAUCACCCCGCCCCAUUCUCCCUCUUUCCAUCACCCCGCACCAUACUCCUUCUUUCGAUCACCCCGCCCUAUUCUCCCGCUUUCCAUCACCCCGCCCCAUUCUCCCUCUUUCCAUCACCCCGCCCCAUUCUCCCUCUUUCCAUCGCCCCGCCCCAUUCUCCCUCUUUCCAUCACCCCGCCCCAUUCUCCCUCUUUCCAUCACCCCGCACCAUACUCCUUCUUUCGAUCACCCCGCCCUAUUCUCCCGCUUUCCAUCACCCCGCCCCAUUCUCCCUCUUUCCAUCACCCCGCCCCAUUCUCCCUCUUUCCAUCGCCCCGCCCCAUUCUCCCUCUUUUCGAUCACCCCGCCCCAUUCUCUCUCUUUCCAUCACCCCGCCCCCAUUCUCCCUCUUUCCAUCACCCCGCCCCAUUCUCCCGCAUUCCAUCACCCCGCCCCAUUCUCCUUCUUUCCAUCACCCCGCCCCAUUCUCCCGCAUUCCAUCACCCCGCCCCAUUCUCCCUCUUUCCAUCACCCCGCCCCAUUCUACCUCUUUCCAUCACCCCGCCCCAUUCUGCCUCCUUCCAUCACCCCGCCCCAUUCUCCCACUUUCCAUCACCCCGCCCCAUUCUCCCUCUUUCCAUCACCCCGCCCCAUUCUCCUGCUUUCCAUCACCCCGCCCCAUUCUCCCACUUUCCAUCACCCCGCCCCAUUCUCCCUCCCACAAUCACUCCGCCCCAUUCUCCCGCUUUCCAUCACCCUGCCCCGUUCUCCCGCUUUCUGUCACCCUGCCCCAUUCUCCCUCUUUCCAUCACCCCGCCCCGUUCUCCCGCUUUCCAUCACCCGCCCCCGUUCUCCCGCUUUCCAUCGCCCCGCCCCAUUCUCCCGCUUUCCAUCACCCAGCCCCAUUUUUCCGCUUUCCAUCACCCAACCCCAUUCUCCCUCUUUCCAUCACCCCGCCCCGUUCUCCCUCUUUCCAUCACCCUGCCCCAUUCUCCCGCUUUCCAUCACCUCGCCCCAUUCUCCCUCUUUCCAUCACCCCGCCCCAUUCUCCUCCUUUCCGUCACCCCGCCCCUUUCUCCCGCUUUCCAUCACCCCGCCCCGUUCUCCCGCUUUCCAUCACCCCGCCCCGUUCUCCCUCUUUCCAUCACCCCGCCCCAUUCUCCCGCUUUCCAUCUCCCCGCCCCAUUGUCCCUCUUUCCAUCGCCCCGCCGCAUUCUCCCUCUUUCGAUCACCCUGCCCCGUUCUCCGCUUUCCAUCGCCCCGCCUCGUUUUCGCUUUCCAUCACAUAGCCCCGUUCUCCCGCUUUCCAUCACCCCGCCCGGUUCUCCCGCUUUCCAUCACCCCGCCCCAUUCUGCCGCUUUCCAUCACCCCGCCCCGUUCUCCCUCUUUCCAUCACCCCGCCCCGUUCUCCCUCUUUCCAUCACCCCACCCCAUUCUCCCGCUUUCCAUCACCCCGCCCCAUUCUCCCGCUUUCCAUCACCCCGCCCCGUUCUCCCGCUUUCCAUCACCCCGCCCCGUUCUCCCGCUUUCCAUCACCCCGCCCCGUUCUCCCGCUUUCCAUCACCCCGCCCCGUUCUCCCGCUUUCCAUCACCCUGCCCCAUUCUCCCUCUUUAAUCACCCAGCCCUUUUCUCCCUCUUUCCAUUACCUUGCCCCAUUCUCCCUCUUUCCUCACCCCGCCCCAUUCUCCCUUUUUCCAUCACCCCACCCCAUUCUCCCUCUUUCCAUCACCUCGCCCCAUUCUCCCGCGCUUUCCAUCACCCCGCCCCGUUCUCCCGCUUUCCAUCACCCUGCCCCAUUCUCCCGCUUUCCAUCACCCAGCCCAAUUCUUCCGCUUUCCAUCACCCAGGCCCAUUCUCCCACUUUCAAUCACCCCGGCCCAUUGUCCCGCUUUACAUCACCCAACCCCAUUCUCCCUCUUUCCAUCACCCAGCCCCAUUCUCCCGCUUUCCAUCACCCAGCCCUGUUCUCCCUCUUUCCAUCACCCCGCCCUGUUCCCCUCUUUCCAUCAACCCGCCCCGUUCUCCCGCUUUCCAUCACCCCGCCCCAUUCUCCCGCUUUCCAUCACCCCGCCCUGUGAACCCGCUUUCUAUCACCCCCCCUAUUCUCCUUCUUUCCAUCACCCCGCCCAUUCUCCCUCUUUCCAUCACCUCGCCCCAUUCUCCCGCUUUCCAUCUCCCCGCCCCAUUCUCCCACUUUCCAUCACCCCGCCCCAUUCUCCCGCUUUCGGGGGGGGGACGUUUCGGGCGCGCGCGUUGGGAGCGGGCGCGUCUUUCUUUCCAUCACCCCUCACGCCCCAUUCUCCCUCUUUCCAUCACCUCGCCCCAUUCUCCCGCUUUCCAUCUCCCCGCCCCAUUCUCCCACUUUCCAUCACCCUCCCCCCCCACCCGCCCCAUUCUCCCGCUUUCGGGGGGGGGACGUUUCGGGCGCGCGCGUUGGGAGCGGGCGCGUGCGAAAGGGGAGACAUUUCGGGGGGGGAGACGUUUCGGGCGCGCACGUUGGGAGCGGGCGCGCGCGUAA